AUGCCUCCAGCUUCGCCCUCUCCUGCACUAUCAUACACCAAACCCCCCUCGCUCUCCGCCUUCUUCUCUACACCAGCUGUCUUCCGCAGCGCCCACCCGCCAAUUCAGCACCUCAUCGCGGGCGCCCUUGUAACCAACCCGCAAGGCCAGAUCCUUCUUCUCCGCCGCGCAGCUCACGACUCAUGGCCUUUACUAUGGGAAGUCCCCGGCGGCUGCGUGGAUGAAACCGACGACGACCUCAUCGCUGCAGCCGUGAGAGAACUUUGGGAAGAAGCAGGCCUACGCGCAAACGCUGUAAAAGCCGUCGUGGGGCUAUCGCCCGCUACAGAGCCGAUACCGGACGACCCGUUGGAAAAGGACUUGGAAGUCCUGGACGACAUGCUUGUUUUCCGUGCUGAUGAUGGGGUGUGGGGAAAGUUGACGAUUUGGGUUGAGGUAGAGAGCUGCGAGGAAGUCAAGAUCGAUGAGAAUGAGCAUGUUGAAUUUGCGUGGGUGACGGAGGAGGAGGCAUUGCAAAAUGAGUUCAAGGAUGGAAGGAAACUACAGUUUGUGAGUGAGGGUGUCAAGAGAAAUGUUCUUGAAGGCUUCAGGCUGUGGAAACAGGAGAAUGGAGAGAGCAAGUGA